CCUACUCUAGUUUUGCCAGGGGGAAGUAUUGCAAAGGAAGUAUUUCCAUAUGUGUCCCUAUCUUCCAUUAAAAAUAGAGCCUGCUCUCCCAUUUCAAGGAAAUGAUAGACUAUCCUGGUAGAAUUGGAUGAACACAUAGCUCCGUGUGUGGCUAUAUCUGUAAUUGAACUCCAUUUCAGUUCACCGGUUUAGCUUGCCUCUAAUGACCUGAGACUGUUGUCUGCAGUAGUGCGCUGGCCACAAGGUGGAGAUGCACAGAUAAAAAUGUCUUGACGUGAUGGAUGUGUUUUCAUGGGAACAGAGAGUUGCAGAUGCAACACUGCUGUUGCACACUGAAAGCACAUAUCGUACACAUAACGUAUUUGCCUGUGGAGGCACGGACAGUAUCAUUGAGGUGUUGCAGUUACAAAAUAUGUCCAUAAGAGGGAGACAGUUUGCAUCACAACUGAGGCCCAGUGCCCUACUAGGACAAUACUAUGGUGGACACUGAAGCUAAAGUCAGAGCAUUAGGCAUAUGGACCUAUUUUCCAAUGCCCAUUUCAAAUUGUACAAGGGCCGGUUUAAUUUAUCUCUAUUUUGAAAGGGCAUCAUUGUUUGUUAAACACAAGUACAAUGGAUCAAGAACCACCUCAGGGAUUACUGAACUCUGGUCCUGCAGGCCAGUGUUUUCUGUUUAUAUCUUAUCUUGGGCAUAUCCAAAUGUAAAUAUUUAGACUAGCAGUUUUAAAGCUGUAGUAAAGGCAGAAGUGGAUUUAAUUAGGCAAUAACCAUUAAAGAGACCGUGUACCUCAUAGAGUUGCAAACUUCCCCUCGGUGUAAACAGCUUGCCAUUCCUCCGACAAGCUAAGCCUUGCCCUGGUCUUCUCAUUUGACAGGACACUGCAACCACUACCAGCCCGGAGGACAUUCACUCUGUGCUGGAAAGGUUCUAAUUGGUUGCUGGGAAAUGGUUAGCCAGUGAGUGGGCCCGUUCCGGGGGUGACAACACCCAUACAGGCCUGUUAUAGAUUUCACAACCUGCUGUGGAAUAAUUGUGAAAGACUCAUAAGUAUCAGGUCACUUCAGCCUCCUCAAGCUUAACGUGUCAUCAGGUUGCAAUGCAAAUCAUUGCUGGAAUGUUUGCAGGCCAGAAUGAGUUUUCACUGAAAAUAAGUGGAAAUAUACUGUGAAUAUUUCUGAAGCUGAAGACGUUAUCAGCCAACAUUUUUCCAAGCGCUCAAUAAUGUAAGGGUUUAAAGCAGGCAGUUCAAGUGUCCGCUCAGGCUCAGGGCCAGGGCAAGGCGGUGGCAGAGAGGCUGAAUUGGGUCCUGGAGAAGUGGCUUUAAAGCUCUCCCUUUAAACCACCAAUUAUCUGCAGACCUUUGGCUGUACUUGGAGGGGGCUGAGUGGUCCAGUGUUACUCCGAUAAUCUCUGAAUGAACACCGCUCUGUACAGGACUUGACCCCCUGACCUGAACUAACACACCCCCCCCCCCCCCGGCUACCAGUAAGUCUUUUUUUUAAGGAAUCGUAAGUCCUGCAUUAUUAAGGAAGGGCCAGACACCCACACAUAUUGUAUAACCACACAGUCCUUGUUGUGUAAGAAAAACAGAUGUUUUAUUUCUACUAAACCUUUGUGAGCAAGAUUUUGUGUCGCUGUGGAAUGUGGAUGGCUGCUUUUUCUUAGAGGAUUGAGAAGUGCAGUGUUAUGUAUAGUGGGGUACCAUUUCCAUAUUUUACUUAAUACAAUUCUUGUAAAGUAUUCAAAUUGUUUUACUUAUAACAUAUUAGGAGAAAGUAAUAUGGACAGAAGGCAGGGUGGUAAGGUAGUAAUCACUGAAAUUACCUCAAUACAAAGAGCAAAUACAGUAUUUGCCAAUGAGCACCUUAGAGUUGGAACAAUUUGAAGUCUUUGUUGGCUGUAGCAAGGAGUCAUGUGAGGCUUCAUCGAUUGCUGAUUGAGGAUGUUUUUGCUGAGGAGCCUGGCCGAGACCAGUAACACAUUUUGUGAGUGCUCUGUAUAAACACUGCUCUGGAUCACGUUAAGCAACGGUGUUGAGUUUCAGAUGGCAAGCCGUGCCAGGUAGCGGGGCUGGAGGGCAGCGUGGGCCAGGAAGGUUGAGCGGAAUGUUCCGGGCAGAGAACACAGAGGAGCACGGGGACGGUAGCCUGCGUUCUGGGGGCGCCAAUCUCAAUGGCUGCGUUCACCACAAAAUACCGCUCUGCCCACUCCGCUGGCGGCCAGACACGCAGCAGCGGUCACAUGCACUGAGGGGGAGAGCGAGCACGGCAUGAUGCCACCCAGUUGGCUUUGUCGACAUUUUGCCAUGCGGGAGGGAGGUGCAGAGGGAAAGCGCUGACCAAUGGGAGCUGGGGAGCACACCAGGCGGCUGGGUGGUGACGUCAUUGUGUGGCAGCCACCCCCUUUCUCAUAGGGCAGAGAGAGAGAGAGAGAGUGGAAAGAAGAGAAGGGACCCACAGUUCUCUGUCCAAACUCUAUAUUCCCCUUGGUGGCAGAACAGAGAUCAGUGGGCAGAUAUUUGCAGUUUUCCUCCCCGUUUUCCUGUUUACCUAUUGAGAUGGAGUAGGUUUUGAUUCAGACCCUUAUCGCGAUGCGUAUGUAAUUACAGACGUCUCAGCUUUGCUUUCCUGCAUGAAUUGCACAUGAGCCCGAGGUCCUGUAGGCUUGGAGAAACUGAAGAAUGUUGAGUGUCAUUUCAAUGAGCUGUUUACUGUGCAUAGGGGGGGAGUGUGUGGGAAGUCAAUGCUGAAGGCUCUCUCAUUGGCUGGUGCAGUGAGUAGGUGGGGGGCAAAAUGAAAGGGUGUCUGUUUUGGCCUAUCACGGACAAGGAGUGUCAGGACCAUGCGUGGGCUGCAAGGCUGCUGAGGAGAAUGAGAAUGGAUAUUUAUCCAAAGACUCAAAUACAAAAAAAAAAUCAUGAAGUAAGUUGCUGGAGUUUACCGGACAUGUGCAGAUUAUUUAAAAAGAGAGGAAAUGGCAGACCUGGACCCAACUGGAUUAAAGAUUUGUGGCUCAAUUCUGUGGAUGUUGGAUUAGAUACCAUAUAAUUCUCAUUACCCGGUUUAAGAUAGUCACGUGUACUGUGCUUGACAAUGUUUCCAUUCUUUUAUCCUGUCAGAAUGACUUUGUUUAAUCCGGUUUGCAGUAUUUUCGAAAAUGAAUCCUGUUCACAGAUGUUGGAUUAUUAAACCUGGAUGCACGAGGGCCCACUUAAAUCUGAUGUGUCCUUGUAUUUUUUGAUCUGUUCCUGUGGAUUCCAUGUAGACUUUGAUGUCAUGCGUCAUCAGACAUUUUGAUUCGGAUCAGUCACAACAAACCUGCCCUACUGACUUCUGCAGAACCAAACUUCUGGACCAUAUAUCACCUGGAUACUUGGAGCUCAUUUUCUAAUUUUGUUGGAUUACCAGUUUUGACUUCAAUGACAUGGAAAUCUAGGUUGCAGGUGGCACACUCCGAAGGGGUCUGCCCAGAUCUCCACAGUGCUUUACAUAUGCGUGCCUCCCUGUGCUUCUGUGUGUAUAUGUGCAUGUGUGAGAUUUUGGGGCAUCCCCAACCCACCUGCUUUCACAUCCUGUCUCUCUAGUGACUCUUGCUUUCUCUUGUAAUUCUCACCAUCCUUGUCUGUCUCUGUCUGCUAUUGCCUGAGGUGAACAGGAUUCACACUCUGCUUCUCAGUAGAUGAUUAUUCUCAAAUCCAGGUCCAGCUUCAGGGAUUCACAACCACUCAAAGCUCAGAGCUGCAUCAAACCUACACCAUCCUCAACUUGUUGUUUUAUUAUGACAUCAAAACUAUUGUGUUUGCCAUAAAUGGUUGCAUAGAUAGUACAAUAAUAAUGAUUGUAAAAAUCAUAAUGUCAUACAACUACACUGCAUUCAUAUAAAUAUUUGUGUUUAUAUUUGUGAAUCGUUGCAUGAACAAUUGAUUAUUUUAUGACUACUGAAAAGGGUUUUGAUGCAUGUUUUUUUGUAAAAUUUUGGUAGUAGUAGUAUAGUAGUAGAAGGUAGCAUUUUAGAAAGUGUAUUAGCACAGAUGGAAAUAGAAAUAGUGUCAGACAUGCUUGUCUACUGAGCAAGAACCACUUCCAGCGAAACUACUUGCACUUUGAGAUAUGUGGGGAAAUGCUGAACCUUAACUUCCUCUUUAACUUGAUUUGAGUAACACUUGUAGUCAUGUUUGUAAGUGUGAAGAAAAUCAUAUCCGCAUUCGAGACCCGCCGCCAACCUCGGCCGCUGUCUCUACCCCCUUCCCUCCCCCACUCCUUCCCUUCUAAACUCUCUCCUCUCAGGAGCCCCAAACAUGGCUCCCAGCUCCCAUCCGCCAGUUCUACUUCUCCUGGAAGCAUCCUCACCGACCCGAGCCCUCGCUCGUCCCCCCCUCUCUCCCGCUCAUCCUCCGCCCCCUCUUCCCCCUCGCUCAGGAGAGCUGCUUGCUUUUCCGUCUCUCCCUCUUGUGCUAACGCUCCCCCGGUCGUCCUUCGCUCCUCCCACCCAAACCUCCACCUUGGCUCUCACAAGAUGCCCUCGGGGCACCACCACGCACUUCCUGCUCCACCCAGCUGGCCCCGACACCCUGUCACCCCGCCGCCUGUGCCGCGCCCACUCAAGCUGCCCAGGGGGCCGGAGGGGCUUGGCUGGGGUCACGCCGGAGUUGGUGUCCGGAGCUCCUGGCCAAGCAGUCGGGCAGAGCAGUGCAGCUGUGGUAGGGAGAGGUCCACCGAGGUCACGGGGAGAAGGAGCCCGUGCAGCUCCAUUUCCUGUGAGAGAACGGGACAGUCAAGCAGCAGGGAAUCUCUCCCAAAUCCUCACACCCCUGGUGGUCCUUCAGUCAGCCAUUCUCAGGCUGGUUUUGGAAAAACAGGCAGAGGUUACCCAGGGGACAGGGAAACUAGCUCCAGCUGCUUCAACAGACUCAAGCCCCCUGCCCUGCCCUCACCCAUCCCCCUUACCAUACCCAGGAAACAGAACCAGAUUCACAGUCCCACUUUGACCAGGAAGUACACUCUCUCAGUGCCCAGUCAGCCAAUCACAGACCCUGGUUUAUCUCCUGUCCUGAAGCCUCAACCUUACGGAACCCACAACCCAGAUCUUAGAACUGGGAAAGACCUGGCCACCUUCACUCCUGUCUUCUGCCCAUCUUUCCUGGACUCUGCUCAGACCCAAAACCAAGGUCUAGCUUCUGAUGCGGUGGUGACUGAUAGAGCCACUUGCUGUGGUUCAAGCAUGCAUCAAUCACAGGACCCUUCUGGUUGUCCUAGUCUCAGAGCACAAGGCAGGUAUUGGAAUUCCAGUCCCAUAGGCACAUGUGACCGUCAGACCCAAACACAAAGCCACUGUGAUAUCAUUAUGCAUCAGACUGGGUCUGUUGGGCACUCACACAUAUCAAAGGAGGUCCAGACAGACCAAUUGUUCUCCAGGAUGGCACAACAUCCCUUCAAGACCAGUGCUCCCAGUCUUUCCGAAAGCCCAGGUCUUCAUUCCACUCGGGAAGCAGGUCCGAACUCUGAAUCAUGGACUGGUUCUGCCUCUUUCAGGCAUGGACAGAACUACAGCAGUGGUGCUUUUCCAGCUCAGGACCAUAAUGGGAAUAAAUUGUGUUUGCCGAGUAGUGUAGUUAACCUGGGGUCGCUGAACAACGCAGUGGGGAGCCAUGGCUGUGUGGGGUCAAAUGACCUCAAAGUGGGCACAUCUCCAGCUGCUUCCGAACUGAUCUCAUCCAUCACCUGCAGCCAUCCCUCAGCAAACCCUGCAGCUUCUGUGUCUGUACAGGGUCCUGUUCACACUACUGUCUGUGGGGUGGCUGUACAGAGUCUUGUUCACACUACUGCCACUGGAGCUCCUGUUCAGGGUCCUGUUCACACUGCUGCCACUGGAGCUCCUGUUCAGGGUCCUGUUCACACUGCUGCCACUGGGGCUUAUGUUCAGGGUCCUGUUCACAGACCUGCCACUGGAGCUCCUGUUCAGGGUUCUGUUCACACUACUGCCACUGGGGCUUAUGUUCAGGGUCCUAUUCACACUACUGCCACUGGGGCUCAUGUUCAGGGUCCUGUUCACACUGCUGCCACUGGGGCUUAUGUUCAGGGUCCUGUUCACAGACCUGCCACUGGAGCUCCUGUUCAGGGUCCUGUUCACACUACUGCCACUGGAGCUCCUGUUCAGGGUCCUGUUCACACUACUGCCACUGGAGCUCCUGUUCAGGGUCCUGUUCACACUACUGCCACUGGAGCUCCUGUUCAGGGUCCUGUUCACACUGCUGCCACUGGGGCUUAUGUUCAGGGUCCUGUUCACACUACUGCCACUGGAGCUCCUGUUCAGGGUCCUGUUCACACUACUGCCACUGGGGCUCAUGUUCAGGGUCCUGUUCACACUACUGCCACUGGGGCUUACGUUCAGGGUCCUGUUCACACUACUGCCACUGGAGCUCAUGUUCAGGGUCCUGUUCACACUACUGCCACUGGAUCUCCUGUACAUGGUGCUGUUCACACUACUGCUGUCAUGCGGAGUGAUAUCAGCGGAGUACCUGAUCCAGCCCUUCCAAAAACAUCAGAGCCGUUCCCUCAUGGUGCUCAGAGCACGACCCGGCCCUCCAGAGUAAAAGCGCAUGUGGAAGCAAACGAACUCAAAGAACCUAAGGCAGUACCGCUGACCCUGGCCCGGAAUUCAGACAAGGCUUUUCUCUCCCUGCUGCUGUUCAUUCAUAGUGGCUCUAGUAACAGCAUGAUUGCAAUCGACAACAAGAUUGAACAGGCCAUGGACCUGGUGAAGACCCACCUGAUGAUGGCUGUGCGGGAGGAGGUCGAGCUGCUCAGAGAGCAGAUCAAGGAACUCACGGAGAGGAACGCGCAGCUGGAGAGGGAGAACUACAUCCUGAGGGCCCUGCGAGAGAGAGACUGAGGGGCAGAACAGAGACUGGGAUGCACUGAUAAGAAGGGUUCCCCCGGGGGGGAUCAGAGAUAAGGAAAUUACGAAAGACUUUGUGUACUUUCUUUGCUCAGUUUGGUUGUUGGCAGCACGUAGUUGCGUGUCACCCAGGGGCUUAUGGGAGAUUGAGUCCUACGAUUAUGUGUGAUGUCUGGAUUCACACAGUUAAGAAAAGGAAAGAGGAAAGCAUGAAAAUAAAGAGUUGUGAGAGAAUGGGGCAAAACAGAGAGAAAGAUGCUUGGAUUAGAAAAAGGAGAGGAAUGAGCAAACCGGCAUUGGAAUAUCGGGAGAGAAAUAGUUUUAGAUUAGACUACUCUGCUGGUCUAAUAAUAAUAAUAACAUGAAUAAUAACAAUAACACAUUUUAUUUGUGAAAGGCUUUUCAUUUGCUGAUAGCGCUGUACAGCACAUAAAAGCAAACAAUGCAAAUCAUAGAAAAACUAAAAAACAAAUCUAUAAAAAACAAAUAUAGAUUAAUAAAGUUGAUUCACUGAGGACAGAUGACAGAAAUCAGACCACUAUGAGCAGAAAGAGUGUAAUAAAUCGUACAGCAUGGAAUCCUCCCUUUGCCAGUAGCCGGAGUUUCUUACAAUUAACACUCACAAAGCAAAAUUAAUGGUGUAAUAAUGAUAAUGGUUUUAGGAAUUGAUAUAAUAAUGCCUUUGAUGAUGAUUAUGAUAUUAUGAAAAUAAUAUAAUAAUAUAAUAAUAAUAGUAAUAAUAGUUAUCUGGAGUGUGUCAGCUUAAAAAAUAUACUUGUUAAUUUAUUGUGUUUCUGUUAUGGGUUGUACUAUAAUAGUAAGGACAGGCCUCAAUGGUUUACCUUGGACUUGUCAAUUUUUUUGCUCAAUUUUUCCUUCAUGGGUUCUCAAAUUAACCCAUUGUACUUUUCCGGUAGAAUAUAUAGUUCUAUCCAAAGUAUGUAUAUUUCACGUGUCAUGAAGCCAUAUAUCUGAAUAGGGCAUCCCCAGACCUGGCCAGGUUCCGGGUGUUUGCACUUCUGUGAAAUGUUUAAAUGAAACAGUGAUUAGAUGCCUUAAACUCAGUGCACUGCUUGCUUUUUGUAAGUUAAAGAUGAGCCAUGAAAAUGCUUCCGCAUUAACAGAAUAUUGUCCAUUAUGAUGGUAAAUCGUAUACUUUCCUUUUUAAGUCCUUGCAGGUUGUUGUUUCAGCAAGCUCUGAAAUGGUGAGGAUUCUGGACUGGAUGAGAGUGAUUUGAGUGAGGGCUUGUUUGGUUCAACCACGUUCAAGCCGUUUCAGAUCUCAGUGCUCCACCAGCACUCUUUGCCUGUGAGGACGUCGCAGAUUAAUCCACCUGUAAUUCUUAUAAUAUCUUUAGAAUGUUUCUGCAACAUGCUAGCAGUGUUAAAGAGAAUGGCAAAGACUUCACACACAUAUGGGCACACAGCACUUCACAUACGGUCAAUGUAUUAUUUAUUUAACCUUUUUCACCUGCUGGGUUAUUUAAAGUUUUAUUGUGCAGCUUUGAGGAAGAAAUGUCACAUGAUAUGAGUGCCAAAUCGGGUGUGUCAGUACUUGGAUCAAACCUGCCACUGUGCAGAAUAACUUUUAAUGCAAUCAUGACUUCUUUCAUGCCAUGACAACAUUAAGUAAACAUAAAGAUGACACAGUGGUUGAGCCUGUUUUUUUGAAUGGAGAGGCUCAAUGGAUGAUUAGAAUUAUGUGGUACUGUACUGUAUAUGGUUUUGAUACAGUUGAUUGUGGGUGCCAACACUGAGUCUAUAUCCUUCUAAAUGUCACAUGGGUCAGUAGGAAUACUCCAGGGUGUUUAAAAAAAGUUCUAGUUCUCUUUUUCUGACCUUUCAGCUGAUUUAGAGUAAUCUCACACUUUGCUCUCUCAAAUCAGUUGACGGCAUGGUAUAUGGUACUGGUUAUUACAAGAGUAGGAUCAUUUUUUGGUAAAAAAAAAAAAAAAAAAACAUACUUGAGGGAGACAAGUUAUUAAUUUCAUUGAAGGUCUCAGAAAUUGAACUGGUGUGCGAAUCAGGAGACAGGGUUGGUCUGCUAUGAUGAUAAACUGUUACCGCUACUGAAAGCAUGUGUGUAACCGGAUUACUCCAAAAACAUACAAAGAUUUACUCCAGUACUAUUCAUAUAUUGUUACAUUUACUGUAACAGAUCCACACAAGUUUUUCUUUCUCCAGACUUGAGAUGUGUUUUUUGCAGUAUGUUAUUUUCUCGUGGGCUGAUAAGUUGUGCAUUGUCAUCGGCUGUUACAGUAUUCUGUUUUAUUUGCUUUUUAUCCUAUUUUUCUGCUCUUUUUUUGAAGUAUACUUUCUAAAAGUGGUGGUGUAAACUAUUAAUUAUUGGUAAUUGUGUACCAAAUGGAAAAAAGGAUCAAUCUAAUAAAUAACUUUUACUAA